AUGUCGAUGGGCUCCCUCAACUGCCUCACCCCGACUACCGUUCAUCCGAAUUCUCAGAACGGCCAAACUACACCACAGACACCUCAGUUCGAGGAAGCUCGUGAAGCUGUAAAGGCGGAUGGUCUACCAUCGCUGGAUGCGAAAGAGGUCACAGGAACGGUGGUGUUUUGUCGGGUGAAGAGUCUAUACCUCCGUAUUCAUGGAAGGAUAUUCGACAUUAUCCAACAUCCAGAGGCGGAGCAGGUAAACAAUGAAGGGAGGGUACUUGUCCGGAACGGCGAAGUGAUUUGUGUUGCUGGCGUUGACCUCAUCAGCACAACUGGUGUGAAGACAUGCGAUUCGAGUGACUUGGACCACGUUGCUGUAGAUGCUGGGAUUGAUUCAGAGGGAGGUUCCGUAGCACCCGGCCUAUCGUCGUAUGGCGCCUCUCUUGGUCUCCAACACAUCGCUGGCGAGAUCUCGACCGGUGACGGAAAGGUUGACUCGAAAAUCGCCGGGCAGGAUAUUGUACGAGCCGUCGAUGGCCUUCAAUUCCGUACUCGUGAUGCACUAUUAGCCUAUCGUUCGGGCGUAACAGUUGGAAUCACACCCCCGUCUCUUGGGCUUGCUACUGCGUUUUCGACUGGUGCUAGACCCAAGGUACAAUCCGGAGCGGUUGUGAAGGAAGAAACGGCUUUACAUGUGAUCGUCACCCUUAACGCGCCGGAGGAGAGCGUGAGCAUGCAAAUACGGAAUUUGAGGAAAGCCUUGGUUGGUGCUGUGAAUGGAGGAAGCGGGGAAGGGUUGGGGGAGGCGUUCAAGAGGGUCAUUGAGGGCAAAAUUCCACUUGUCGUCACCGUUGAAAGUGCUGAUGUGAUGGCAACGCUGAUCAGUCUGAAGAAAGAAGUCGAAGAUCUUCUCGUACCCAAGAACGAGAAGCUCAGUGGAGAUAGGUUCCACGUUGAACAGAGGCCUGGCAACAUGACACCUCCGGUGUAAGAUGUUUCUCUAACGGGUCAAGCCGGCCUCCGGUGCAAAUAUAGGCUUUGGCUGAAACCGCGAAACAUUUAGUUAAUCAGAGGGCCUGCCAAGUUGAUCGUGAUUUGUCGACGUAAAGAGAGAGGUCGAGCAAGGUUAACAUCCGAAACGAACGUCGAGCUUUGGAUCCGGAUUAAGGACUUGAAGUCCUUAAAUUCGAUCAAAGCAACCAAGGAGAAAGUUGACAAACUUGAUCGUCUCGAUAUUCUCGUCGAGAAUGCUUCGGUGGGGAGAUAUGUAUAUGAAGUGACACCAGACGAUUGGGAGUCUGCGUACGUUUUCGUUCGGAUCUUGGUUCAUCGUGGUUGUCCCAGGUCGUGACAUCCGUUGUGGAGUGGGAGACGGGAGACGACAAUCAUCUUCUACCGUUCAUAAAAUUACACUGGUGCGUAACUCUCGACGUAUAACACCCGCGUUACGUCGGCGGCGACAACAAGCCCAUUCCUACCAAUGAAUAAGAACACCAAGAAUCUUGAUGUAUCAGGACUUCAGUAAACAGAUAUUUUUCUAAUCUGCCUCUGGGGCAUCCUACUGUAGAAAGUCACCUGACUUGUCGACCGCUAUUCCUGUUACUACUGC